AUUCUUAUGGUGCACCUGCACUCACAGGGGAUUUUGGGGGUGUGUGGAUGGUGGAUGGUGUUAUGGUGGCUCAGGACCCGUCAUCAUGGUCAUUGAGACCAAAAAGCCAGAAGCCCGAAGCCAGAUAUUUCUUUCGUAACCGCAAUUGCACUGACAAUGACGAGUCACCCAAGUAUCCAUUUCUCUUUGUUCUGGAUUCGCAAUUCGCCAUCGCAAAGGGAAGAAAAGGAUUUCUCGCCGCCGCCGAUAAAAAUCACCAAAAUCAUCAGACGUAAUAACUUCCAGCAUACCCGCCCUCGCCCUACGCUACUUGUACUGGACUGGCACUGGACUGAUCUGGCACCCGCACUAACUGGCAAACACUCGCACUUGCGCACACCAUCAGCUCCUCCUGCAACUCCUGCAACUCCUGCAACUCCUGCAACUCCUGCAACUCCUGCAACUCCUGCAACUCACCUGAAAAUCACCUGAAAAUCCAUCGCCAUCGCCAUCGCAAUCGCAAUCGCUCCGCUAGCUCCCAGUUUCUACCUAAACCCACACCCACAUCACAUCACAUCCACACCCACACACCCUCCCGGAUUCCGUCAGCAUCCACACCCAUCCACUCAACUCCAUUCACCUGCGUCGGACCUCGCUGCUCUACCUGGACACUGCGCACUUACGGCGCUCCACCCAACCAUUCCCUGUUCAGACCUGGCUGUGCACUGUGCUGCCAAUAAUUUGGCGUGGGACACACCUGGACACUGGAAGCCCGGAAUCUAGCACCAGCACCAGCGCUGCACUGGAGACUUGACUUUCUACUCCCCCAGUCAAACACCAAACAACACCAGAAAAGCAUCGACAUCUUCUCCUAUUUUUUUUGUUAUCUCCGUUUGGUUGCUCGCGCACGGUCGGGAAUUUUUGGAAAAUCCCCAACGACGAACCCUUCAUCAAUGUGCUCUUUCUUUGCUUCCAUCGCCCAUUGAACCACCCGGUCAACCGUCCACCCACCCCUUUUGGCGAAGGCCCCCUCUCUUGCGCUCUGCCCCUCCUCCAACCGACAGGCGUCUCAGCCAUCAACCACACCCUGUACCUCGCCUUCCUUCCCCCAUUCCAAUCUUGGAACAACAAUUCAAACUCGGUUUCGGCCUUCCUUGCUUCCUACCUUAUUCAACAAUUUUAUUUUUCAACCAAACUUUCUUUCACAAUUGGCUUGUAUCGUCUAGAAUUGCUCACCUCCUGAAUCCCUAAACCAUCGCACCGCAUUUCACCAAACACUCCAAACUCCAACAUCCACCCUGUCGCAUCCAUCACUUGCUUCCAAUCUUGCGCAUCUAAUUAUAUACGGUCAACUUCCACUUGUUUCCAUCCCCCCGAACAAGUGCACCAAUAUUGCUUCGGCCCUCGGAUUGGUGGCUUCCUAGAGCUUCAGGAGGGCCGUCUUGUCCGAGUAAUUGUUGAACAUGGCGUCGUCAAAGGUACGGAUAUCUGAGAUCAGCGCCCGGCUAAUGUAUUUAUAGAACCACUGCUGAUCACUCAAUUUUCUAGGAAAUCCAGCAUUCUUCGAGGCCUGUGGGCCAACAUCGAUUGUCGAUGUCGGCUGCCGGCUCUCUUCCCAAAUCUCAUUCUCGAAAUCAUUCCCACUCGGCAUCGUCGGGGUCACUCAUUCCAAGCCAUAGAGUACAGAGGAGAAAGAGCAACGCCAAUGUGAGCAAUGUCGCGGCAAUGGUAAAUGCAGUCCGAGAGUCCGGGGAUACUUCCUUGGGAAUGCCAAUUUCCAGUCGUCGAAACACCAUGUCCAAGAGUGCAUCUGCUAGAUCUGCUGCCCUCGGGAGCCUACCUUCUCCACCAGCCAGCUUGCCCAGUCAUAAAAUGCGAAUAGUCUCGAGCGGAAAAUCGGAUCGAGGCGAGAGUGCCAUUGAGGAUGAUUUGGCAGAAGAUAUGGAGGAGGACGAGGAUGAUACGGGGUUCAAACAAUCGCGGGUGAGACGUGCUAGUGAGGGUCAACAUCUCAUGAAGGAUGGCAAGAAGGCCAACGGCGGAGACCUCAAGUGUGACAAGUGUGGAAAGGGAUACAAGCAUAGCAGCUGCUUGACCAAGCAUUUGUUUGUGCCCACUUCCUUUCCUACAUGCCCCAACUGGGUUUCGUGACGUGAAUUCGGCUGGGGGAUUCGCGUUUCGGGAUUUUUGAGAGAACUAUUAUUAACGUUUUAUCUGCAGAUGGGAGCAUACUCCAGAAUGGUCGUUUACUUCCAAACUACUGAUCUCUAAGCACCAGCAAGUGCAGCUCUUGGAAGCCGCCUCUGUCCUUUUGACCAUGAAUCAGGGUGGCACUACACCACCAGAUUCGGCCAAGGACUUUCAAAGUGAUCAAGAUUCGGCUUCUCCUGCACCAUCAGGAUCCGAACUCAACGAUCGGGCGAGUUCUGCGGAUACUACACCGCCGCCAAACAUGGAUGUAUAUCGAAGUGGUUCCCAUAAAAGAUAUAGUAGCGGAUACGGAUAUUGGCGCUCAUACCAAUCUGCCUCCUCAGCCCAUUCUGUGAAUGGCGAAAGUAUGCCACUUGGAUCUGACUUUGGAUAUCAUCGCCAGCCAAGCCAUGAAAGACGUCCACCGUCAGUGGGCUUCAAUCGUAAUGCGGAAGACGAUGGCCUUGCAGCCGCAGUUGAACUUUUGUCUUGCAGUUUUGGUAGCACCGGGACACCAAGAACACUUCCAGUGACCCUUCCGGAAGAUGCGCCUCCCGUGCCUCACAUUCCGGCGCAGUAUUUGGAUGGAUUUUCAGGAACUACCUUGACCCAUAGUCUUCAUCCUCAACAACCAGAAAGCUACACUCGCCACCGACAUCACCUUGAUGAGGAUGUUAAGAUGGAGGAGAGCGAGGAAAGCGUGAUGGACGAUGAUGACUAUGAUCGGAGAUCGAGGGCCCGCAGUGAUGAGGAUGAUGAUGGGGUAUUUGGCCGCAUGGAAGAAUAAGCUCCUUUGAGAAGCUUUUCUUACCAAGUGCAAACGCCCGCGACAGUUGAAGUUCCACAUCUUCACUGGACAUGAUUUCUUUUGUUGUAAUUUGUGUAUCGCGGCGAGCAAAUGUCUCCGCAGCCGACUUUCAGCACCGAAGAGUGGACUAGGCAGUAGGUAUGCAACAUGUCCACGAGGUUAAAGUGAUGGUCGUUCUCGAGCGUCGAGCAAACGCAAACGCCACAAGCAUUUUGUAAGG